AUGGUCCGGGGAAAGACGGUGAUCGAGAAGAUCGAAAACACCACAAGCCGGCAGGUGACCUUCUCCAAGAGGAAGGGUGGGCUGUUCAAGAAAGCCAGGGAGCUGGGCGUGCUCUGUGAUGCGCAGGUAGGGGUGCUCCUCUUCUCCAACACAGGACGCCUCUACGACUACUCCAACUCCAACUCCGGGAUGAAAUCACUACUUGAAAGAUACCAACAGGUUAAGGAGGGUCAACAAUUCAUGAGUGCAAGCGCACAAGCUAAGUUUUGGCAAGCAGAGGGAGAACGUUUGAGGCAGCAACUACAUAACUUGCAAGAAAAUAAUAGGCAAUUGUUGGGACAACAUUUAUCUGGCUUAGGUUUGGAAGACUUAAGUGGUUUAGAGAAGCAACUAGAAACGAGCCUGCAUAACAUUCGACUAGCAAAGGACCAACUUACGAUUGAUGAAAUUGAAGAGUUCAAUAAGAAGGGAAACCUCGUACACCAAGAAAAUGUUGAGCUGCACAAGGAACUAAAUAUCAUUCAUCAAGAGAAUAUAUAUUUGCAAAGCAAGCUAAAUGGGCAGCUAGAAGCAAAUGGGGCGAUUACAAGUUCUUCUAGCCAGUGCAGCAUUGCUGCUCGAGAUGGUGCAAAUCUAGUUCGUUUGGAACUCAGCAAACCACAUCAUGCGGAAAAGGAUGAGGAACCAGAAUCACCAACACUGGGUCUUUGA